AAGGACAGAAAACAAAACAAUGUGGCAUCGAAGAAGCCAGAUAGGAAGUUAACGAUGUGAUUGCAUUAGAAAACAUAAUGAACGCGUACCACAACGGACAUCUUCGCAGUUAAUCAUAUAAAGGCGUAUAAACAGCAGCGAAAACCACCACCUCAUGGCAUCCGUAGAUUCUCUAAUGAGCUUGUGCGCUUUUAGCGUUGCUCAGCGCGCUGAGAGGUACGAGGAGAUCAGGAUGUUGCCUGCCGCCGUGAAAGACAGAUUACUGCGAAUAAUGAUGUCUUACGGCACGGUCACCGACUCCAACAUCAGCCAGCUCGUGCACAACGGGACUCACGCGCUGGAUCUGCAGAACUGCAAGGUGUCCGACUCCGCGCUUCGACAAAUCCACUGCCUACAGCUGAGGACGAUACUCUUGAGAGGCUGUGCGGAUAUCACCUCUGAAGGACUAGAGGCGCUGGCACCCCGGUGCCCGUAUCUUCAGGUGGUUGAUCUCACGGGCUGCACGGCUGUGACAGACUCAGGCGUUCAGGCUCUGGCGCGACACUGCAAAUGUUUGGAAGUGAUUUCCCUGCGUGGCUGCGCCGCCAUCAGUGACCGAGCCCUGCUGGAGCUGGGAGAGAACUGCAGGAUGCUGCACAGCAUUUACUUCUCUGGGACGGAGGUAACCGAUCAAGGGGUCGUCGGCCUGGCAACUGGGGUUUGUUCACACAGCCUAAAGGAGUUACAGAUGAUACGAUGUCGCAAUCUGACCGAUGCGGCUGUGAAUGCUGUUCUCGCGAACUGCGCCAGCAUCAGAAUUUUCAAUUUCCAUGGAUGUCCCCUGAUUACAGAUAAAUCAAGGGAGGCGCUGCAAAACUUUAUUGGUCCCAACAAGAUCCAGCAAGUGUCUUGGACUGUGUACUGAUAUGACUUACCCACAGUACAUCAACUACAGCUCUUUAGCUUGAUCGUCAUAAACGUACUGCGCUCAUCAAAGAAGAUAAUCAUCCUUGUCAAAUUUAUUCAACAAAUUGUCAAUGUUUGAUGGAAAAAAAUGCUAAAAAUCAGAUUUUUUUUUUUACAGCCUUUGCAUUGUAAUUUAAUUGCAUUGUAAUGUUAUUUAAUAUUUAAGAAUAUAUUUAUGUAAGAUUGUUUUGUUUUCCUACUUUUAAGUUUCAUUUCAACUGUACUAUAAUACAUAAUAAUAAAAAUCUGUGUAUGAAAUAACAGUAAUCUGCUGCAUAACGUUGGCUUACAGUAAACAGCGUAUGUCAGUUGUGAGCGAGUAGUUUACAUGCCCUGUACAAUAAAAACUAACACUGAAGAUGCUAUUUGUAACUCUGAGAAUGAAGUUACAUUUUUCUCACUUGUAAGUUUUUUUUAUGUCAGCUACUAUAUAUAAAAUGUGCUGUCAGAACAUUAAUCAUAUCCAAAAUAAAUGUUUUUUU